AUGACGUCAAGUUAUCUCAUUGAGUACCCUCUCAAACUGAGUAGUUGCACGACCGAGCCUUUGAUAGGCAUUCGACGCUCUAGGACACUCAAGGAUGCUCAAGGACACCAAAACGACUCAGGAGGCUCUAGGACACUCAAGGAUGCUCUAGGACACCAGAACGACUCAGGAGGCUCUAGGACACUCAAGGAUGCUCUAGGACACCAGAACGACUCAGGAGGCUCUAGGACACUCAAGGAUGCUCUAGGACACCAGAACGACUCAGGAGGCUCUAGGGCACUCAAGGAUGCUCUAGGACACCAGAACGACUCAGGAGGCUCUAGGACACUCAAGGAUGCUCUAGGAUACCAGAACGAAGACACCAGAACGACUCAGGAGGCUCUAGGACGCCAGAACGACUCAGGAGGCUCUAGGACACUCAAGGAUGCUCUAGUACACCAGAACGACUCAGGAGGCUCUAGGACACUCAAGGAUGCUCUAGGACACCAGAACGACUCAGGAGGCUCUAGGACACUCAAGGAUGCUCUAGGACACCAGAACGACUCAGGAGGCUCUAGGACGCCAGAACGACUCAGGAGGACACUCAAGGAUGCCCCAGGACACCAGAACGACUCAGGAGGCUCUAAGACACAAAAGGAUGCUCCAGAACACCAGAACGACCCAGGACGCCCGAUGACACCCAAGGGUGCUCCAGGACACCAGAACGACUCAGGAGGCUCUAGGACACCCAAGGGUGCUCAAGGACACCAGAACGACCCAGGACGCCCGAUGACACCCAAGGGUGCUCCAGGACACAAGAACGACUCAUGA